AUGGAACGCUUCUUCCACCGGCCCUCAGAAAUCCUCCACGCCAGCAUCCGCGACAACGACAUCCCCCACCUCCAAGCCCUCUCAUCAUCCACCCCGUCCCUCCUCAACCAACACUCGUCCCACGGCACGCCCCUCGACGUCGCCAUCCUCCUCAACAACACAGCCGCAACCCGCGUCCUCCUCGAAGCCGGCGCGGACCCCCUAGACGACAACGGGAGUAGCGAUGAGUACAUGACGGCGAUGGAGCUGGCCGCCAUCAAGGGCAACCGCGUCAUCUCGCAGCUCAUAUGGCAGAGACUGAGCUCGAUGUAUCCUGAUGGCAUCGUCGACACCGAGUAUACAUCUCACGUGAAGCUGAUUGAACGCUGUUUGAUUCAAGCUGCUUCAUACGGUCAUGCGGAUGUGGUUGGUGAUUAUCUGGACUGGGCAGCAACGCCGUCACCGCUGUAUACAUGGAGCGAGAUGGCGAAGCGCGCGGCGCUGAUACACGGCGCUCAUAGAUGGGAGGCUGACGUCGUGGAUUUGCUCAUGCAACGGACGUUCUAUGACAAGAUCACGACAGACGCGGCGCUGAGUUCGGGCGUGGGAUUCAAGUUCAUGUUGGUCUCGGAGGAAAGGUCGGGAAUCAUCUACAACGAAGACGACCUCGUCAAACAUUACCGCGUAUGUACUCGUCUCCUGGACGCAGGGGCAGAUGCGAACGGGUCGAAGGACGGUAUACCCAAUCUUCACAGAACAGCAGGCGGCAUCGUUCUGCAAGGCGCCAUGAGAGCCCUCCUCGAACACGCGGCUGACCCCGACGUGAAAGGGGAUAGGGGCUGCACGGUACUCCAUCUCCUGACAAAUCCCAUCCCCAUGAACGGCUCAACGCGAAGGACGGAAGUUCACACAAUCGGCAUCCAGCUGCUACUUCAACACGGUGCCUCGGUCACGAUAGGAGACGACGAGGGCGAGACGCCGCUCCACUGGGCCGCGAUGAACGCCGACAGGGAAGUCUUCCUCGAGUACCUCGCCCGCGCCGAGAACCCCGCUUCAGCGCUCCAGUCUACAAAUAACCACGGCGAGACGCUUCUUCACUACGCCGCCGCCGGGGGGCGGUACGAUACGAUGGAGAUGCUCAUCACCAGGGGCCUGGACGUGAACGCCGUCAGCGAGAACGGUUGGACGCCCAUAAUCUGCUCUCUCGCGCCUGUGAUCACUGGGCGAUAUCAUCGCGGAUCGCAGCCCAACGGACGCAGGAAACCGGAGAUCGACGCCGUGAAAUCUGCCAAGCUGCUCCUCUACAACGGGGCAGAGACGAACGUCGUCACGGCGGAGGGGUGGACUGUUCUCCAUGUGAUCGGGAGCUACCUCGACAGCGGAGUAGAGUCGCUACCGGACGGCCCGGAGAACGAUAACUACUCGAUCGCGAGUAUUGCGUACGGCGUUUUGAUACCGGGGCACUAUGCUCUGCCGCCGAUCAACAGUCCUGCCCGGGUCUUUGAUGGGACCCGGCUACCGCGGAUAUCGAAUGAAGUGAGAGACUUCUUGUAUGGGAGCGAGCCGUGGGGAUUUCGAGUGGCAAGAACGCUCUCACUCUGCGCGGAGACGGAGGCAGAUGUUGUGAAGGAAGGUGUCACGCCGUUGCACUGGGCAGCUGAGCGAGGGGCCGUCGCUGCCUCACAAGAUGGCGCGAACCCUCCUCAAUCCCCGACGCCCACGCCCCCGGCCGAGAACUACAAUACCUUCAGAUCCCGCCGCCAGCGCUCUCCGAGUCCUACCCCGACCACAGAGGCUGUAACAUUGCCCGUUCGCCGAAGCGAAGACCUACCGCGAAGAGCAUCUCACCAGAAGCCCGUGAUUGCUCAGCCCGUGACGCCAACUGCUACCUCGCCCGUCAAGGCCACCAUGGACUCCCCCGAGAAGGCGCCCGCCCCGGCUGCCGACAAGACGGCUUCCCCUGCACUACCCCAGGCUCUGCUCCCGGACCCCUCCAUGUACACGAACCCUCACAUGGCGGCCGAACCCGAUACCACGACGCUGGACGAGCUUGCCCAUUUGGUCAGACUCUCCAAAUACCAAGAGCGCAAGCGCGCGAACACAAGGAUUCGCCUGCAGAGAAACCUCAUCUCUACCGCCCUCUCUGCCCGCCUGAAUCGCUGUGGUGAGAUUGCCCGCAAGAACUUGGUCGAUUGUUUCCGUUCCGAUGACAAAAAGACCUUCUCUGCUCUCUUCAACGCUAUUCACGAUGUGCGCAAGAGCUGCGACGAGUUGCGCCGCUACGCGCUUGUGGAGCCGGAAUUGGACUCAUUACAGUCGCCAGCUUUGGCAUCGUCAGAAAGCCUGGAAACACCACCUAAAUCGACAUCUGGCGCCAGUUCUCUUGGCUCUAUUGCCCCCUUUCUUUCAGAAUUGCCAGCAUCCGUUCGGGAGAUUUUCCUUAACUUCCUUACCCAGAUUCGCACAAACCCGCACUAUUUGGCCACGAGGUUGUGUUCUCUAACCCCAGCAGAACUAAACGCUUUCACCAGUUUCCACCAGGGACUGGAACCCGUUGAGUCCGUGUUGCCUUAUCACGGCCGCUCUAACGCGCGGAGUCAUGUUGGUUCGAGUAGUCGGACACCCGCCCAUCUGCCCACUGCCAUUGAGCGCCUGCUCUCUUUCCAGCGACACGACCCGUUGUCAGCCUUGGUCCACACCUGCUUUGCCAAUUCCGCUGGGCCCGACAGCGCAGAGGAUAGGAGACGAACCGAGAUCUGGGGAACAGCUUUGGCCAGGCUCAUUACAGAGUCCAAAUCUGCCAGCGAGCCUAUGCUGAUAUCCGUCCUCAAUGUUUGGACGUCCAUGCGUGACUGGUCUGGGAAGUCCAAUAUGGAGUGGUAUUUGAUGAAGAUCCUCGAGGAUGGUGCCUUUCUCCUGGAUAAAGCCGAGGAUCAGCACGGAACCCGCUUCAACCUUGCGGAUUGGACAGCCAAGGACAGUAUUGCCGCAGAGGAGUUUUACGACCGCGCCGUCAAUGAGCUCUUCGAGAUCAUCGACGACGAGGAUGCGACAGGCAUUCCCGAGGGCCUGAUCGAGUUAGGUAACGCCAUCUUGAAGAAGUUGGACAGCAAGCUCGUCGAGGGCACCCGCAACUGGUUUGUGUACAAGUGGCUUUUCUCAGUUUUUCUCCUUGGCGUUGUCAUUCACCCAGAAAGCCACGGUCUCAUGGGCGACUACCACAUCACCGAGUACGGCCGCCAGAAGAUUCUCAAGCAGGUUGCCAUGAGAGCCCAGCAGGUUGUCGUGGAGAUCACCUGGAACAAGAAGGGUACAGUUUCUACUCCGCCCAAGAUCCAAGGACAUGUUGAGAGCAUUUUGAACCGGUUCAAGGGAUCCCGAUCCCAGAGACCUCCACCUAGGCUGCUGCCCGCUCGCUCCAUCACCUCUUUGAGAGAGACGGUCGAGGUCCACCCGUACCUGGUUGUCAGCCCGGCUGACUUGGUCACUUUGGUCAACGCUCUAUUCCCCGAGCGUCGACCCAUGUCUCAAUCCAGCGGACUGAGAUCCGGCGCUCCUUCGAUUUCUGGCUUUUCAGCAAUAUCCCAGCCCAUCUCCAUGGGAGGCAAUCGGCACAACUUCGAGACGGCAUCAGUACUGAGCACGAGCGCGUCCUCGGUGCUGAGUGACGCCACCACAUCAAGGGAGACAAACUUGGACGACCAACGGACCGGCUCACCACAGCGAUACUCGCCUCCUAUGUUGGAACCAUUAUCACAGAGACGACUCAGCAACUACGAAGACGACGGCUACCGUCUUCGAUUCGCUCUGCGAGAGAUGAGCACCCAGGUUGGAGCGGAUGUGAUUCAAGGUUCUUGUCAUCCCUGUGCGGAACGCUGGGCUGUCCUGUUCAUCUCCGCGGAUGGCAAUAGCUUGUCGAGCCAGAUGACUUACGACCCUGAAGAAGACAUUGAGGAGGAAGAGAACUCGUCGACCAGCGACACUGACGAUGAGGAGAUUGAUGACAAGCCCGAAUUGGACAAGGACUAUCAUCAGCUUCGCGAUUCCAUCCUGAAGCUUGUUGAGGACUACGAGAUCCCACAAAGCAUCGAACCGGAAGGCAGCCGGGCUCAAUUCAGCAAUCGGGCGACUGGCAUCAAGAAGUACCGAUCGAAGAACAAGAUUAUCACUGCCGAAAAGUCCACGCCCAGUAGAAACCCCUACCGCAGACGCGAAGCCGAGGCGCAGGCAGCCCAGGAAGAAUCUCAGAGCAAGGAUGCCGCGUCGACCUCGGACAAAGAGAAGGCCCCCGAACAAGACACGGAGCCUCCGUCCGUCCUCAUUGCCAUGCUGACUGCAGCAUCUGCUCAGUCAAAAGCACAAGCUGAUUUUGUCUCGGCGCAUCUCUACUGGAAGACUUUGCAACAACUCAAUGCCCUCAGCUCCGAAUCUCUCAGGCGGAAUGGCUUCGCAAUCCUCCUGAACAUCUUCUCUCGUGGCCCGAGAGACUCUAUCCGCCGUUGCGCGGCUGCGAUCGAGGAGUACGACGCCUGGCUCGUUUGGCUGAAGCAAAGCCAAGAAAGGCACGAAGGGCUCAUCGAGACCAUGACAAAGCGCCUGCGGGCUCUUCGCGACAAGAUGUGGUAUGUUACCGACGUCCGCAAUUCCGCGCCAUACGAGCAAAGUCGCAACAUCUGCGCUGCCCUCAAGACCAUGGGGAUGCCUCGGCGGUACAAUUCUUACCAGCGCAACCGCGCGCAUCUGGCCAGAGCGCCGGCUUCCAGCUAUCUCUACCGUACAGAAACCCAGAUCAUGGAUCUGUUGGCAGCCUCGGAAGAGCAAGGUGGUCCCAACAAACUCAGCGACGACCAGGCCGACAAGACAUCCCGCUGGCUGCAACAGGCGGGCGUUGAGAACUUCUGUUGCGGAGAGGAGCGAAUUCACAGAUUCUGUUGCGAGGUGGACACCUGCAUCUCCAAGUUGAUCGGCGAGUCAAUUUUGGAUGGUCCCGUCCUUUGGUCAAGCGAGUUGUACCAGCGGGACAGACGGAAUCUGGAGAACAGUAGAGGUCCACGAGAAAGGGAGCACCACUGGGAUGAUACCGCCAGUGUCAUGAGCGACCCGGAGCGGCGAUUUAUGUCUACCGGUCGGCCUAACUCUGUUCGCGAUCUUCGAGCUAUGUCUGCCCACAACUCCAGCCAGCAGUCAUUCGACUCCGGCAGCUAUCGGUUUUCGAGGGCAAGCACCGUUCUGUCCGACAUUGUCGACGGCCAAGACUACUUCGGCGUCUCAUCGCCAGUUCACACCAUCGACUCAAGUUCUACGUUUUGGUCGCCUUUCCAAUCGGCGAUCUCCCCGAGCUCGGCAACGUCCCGCGCCCAGUCCCCUACAACCAGCAUGACCAACCUGUCCGCAUCGUUCCAGAAUCCUCCACAUUCCCUCGCUGCCCAUCUUGGACACUCCGCUGGCCGACCAGGUACAUCGGCAUCAUCCAACGAAACAGUCUAUCAGCAGCGUCAGUCUGAAGAGAAGGCCCGCUUCCUCAACGAGUUGCGCCAGACUUUGGUUAGUCUGCUGCUCUCUGACCUUGGCACGCUUGUCUUUGCUCGAGGAUCCGAGACAGACGAUUGGUUCUCAAAUUUGGGCCAAGAGUGUAUUGACAGGCGCGAUGCUCUCGACCGACGAGCGCGACGAAUGGGCAAAUCGGGCAAGAUGUCUCUCAAGCCCCGCGUUAUCGAAAAGAAGAAGAGUUUCGGCAACUUACGCGGCGCUGGUGAGACCGACAAGAACUCCGAGACAACGGAGACUGGCAGCACUCCAGGGAACGACGGCUCCGCAGCCACGAGCGAGACUGUAUCCACUCGUUCCAAGCAACCGGCUAAGGAAUCGAAGGCGGAAUUCCCUUUCAAGAAGGCUUUCCAACGGCUGCUGCGUAUGUUCAGUGUUCAUCCCAACCCGCAUGCCAAGUUGAACGCUCUCCAUGAGCUCGAGCAGCUCAUCGUGGCCUCGUUGGCCAGUGGCUCGAAGCGGUCCAGGCUUGGGUGGAACAGAUCCGACUUCAUGUCUCCUGCGGCGGACGAAUCAACAGCAAAUGCUCGCUCGAACCCUCUGGAAGAGGUGAUUGACAAUGUCAGAGAGAGACGGUCACACGCGCUUCAGCAAUCACCUCUUACUUCGCUGCCAUCGGCCGGUGGCCCUACUCGGCCGGGCACGUCGGACGCUCGAACGAUUGCCUCAAGCAACCCAACGACCAAGGACGCAAUUACCAACGUGCUACGCACUCUUUUCCGAGACCCUUCGAUACGACCGAAGACCCUCUUCCGCGAUCUGCAGUUCAUCGCCGCCUUUGUGAACCCUACCAUUCUGGACAACACCGACAAGGGCACAGCAUUUUGGGACACUGGUCUCGCUGCGCUGAGUCUGAAGCAAGAGGUAUGCCGUACCAUGAUCGAGGUGGCCGACGAGGUUCAAGGGGUUUACACCAAUACCCGGAAAACAACGAACGAUACACAAAUUCAAGAUACCGAGCGGCUGGAUACCGACUCGCCGCCUCCUGUGACGACUGCAUACAGUCUGGCACAGGCAGGCAGGAUGUGGACCAUCACAGCCAAGGAGGGUCUACCUACCGCUCAACGAGAGCUCGCCAUCUUCUACUUGUCCAACCCCGAGCUCGUUGAGCGCACUACCUUGCCUCUGUCCAAGCCCCGUGAGGUAUUCAAGCAGACAGUGAUGGACAAGUAUGCUGGUACCUCCGGGCGCACUGGCCCUGGCGCCAGUAGGUUGUAUGCUGGCGAUCGGGCCCGUUCAUCGGCUGGGUCAUCUAGCCUGGGUGCUGCUGGCUCCCAACAUCCUGGUCAGGAUUCCACCUCGAAGGAUGGAGAUGUGCGAAGCGACCCCGCACUCAUGUGCGUCGCCGUCCACUUCUUCCAGGCGGCUGAACAAGGCGGCGACGAGCUCGCAACGUCCUUCCUCCGCCAGAACGAGUUCAACGCCAUGGGCUAA